GCCCGGCCCCGCACGGCCCCGCACGGCACGGGGGUUGCCAUGACAAGCAUUUUCUCCCGUUAGCUCCGGGACCGUUCCCCCUCCAUCCCAUGGCCAGCCGGGGGGGCUCCGCCGCCAGCCGGGCGCCGCGGGAGCUGAGCCGCUCCAGUUGCUGUGGUAUCCAGGGAGCCCUCCUCCUUCUGCAGGAGAUGCACGCUGGUCGUUGCUAAGGUCGCCUCCGCGGUAACAUGCACAUCCUGUUUACACCUCUAUCCGGAGAAGUUGGGCUCGGUUAGAGGCACCUGCUCCCCCAGGGAAGGGGCCGCACGGAGCGUGUGUCCCCCCCACUCCCGCCGCCGGACCCUCGAGGGAGCCGCGAGCCGGCGUCGGCAUCACCGGCACCAUGACGAACAACGUGGCCGACCACCACCCCGGGAACUCGGUCGCCGAAGGCAACCAUGAGGGGGACUUCGGGUGCUCCAUGGUGGAGCUCAGGAACCUCAUGGAGCUGCGGAGCGCCGAGGCGGUGGCCCGGCUCAACGACUCCUACGGCGGCGUGCAGAACGUCUGCAAGAGGCUCAAGACGUCGCCCGUCGAAGGCCUGUCCGGGAACCCGACCGACCUGGAGAAGAGGCGGCAGGUCUUCGGCCAGAACUUCAUCCCUCCCAAAAAGGCCAAGACGUUCCUGCAGUUAGUGUGGGAGGCACUCCAGGACGUCACGCUGAUCAUCUUGGAAAUCGCAGCCAUAAUCUCCUUGGGCCUGUCCUUCUACCACCCCCCGGGUGGGGACAAUGAACUGUGUGGGCAGUCGACGGGCGGCGUGGAGGACGAGGGCGAGGCGCAGGCCGGCUGGAUCGAGGGGGCAGCCAUCCUGUUCUCCGUGAUCAUCGUGGUGCUGGUGACCGCCUUCAACGACUGGAGCAAGGAGAAGCAGUUCCGGGGCCUCCAGAGCCGCAUCGAGCAGGAGCAGAAGUUCACGGUGAUCCGCAAGGGGCAGGUGAUCCAGAUCCCGGUGGCCGAGAUCGUGGUGGGAGACAUCGCGCAGAUCAAGUACGGUGAUCUCUUGCCAGCAGACGGGAUCCUGAUCCAGGGCAAUGACCUGAAAAUAGAUGAGAGCUCGCUGACAGGGGAGUCAGACCAAGUCAAGAAAUCCAUGGACAAAGACCCCAUGCUGCUCUCAGGUACCCACGUGAUGGAGGGCUCUGGCAGGAUGGUGGUGACUGCCGUGGGUAUCAACUCCCAGACAGGAAUCAUCUUCACUCUCUUGGGCGCGGGAGAAGGAGAUGAGGAGAAGAAAGUGAAGAAAGGUAAAAAAAGCGGAGCCCCCGAAAACCGCAACAAAGCUAAAACUCAGGAUGGUGUGGCCUUAGAAAUUCAGCCCCUGAAGAGCCAGGAAGGGGUGGAAAAUGAGGAGAAAGAGAAGAAGAAGGUGAAGGUGCCCAAGAAGGAGAAGUCUGUGCUGCAAGGGAAGCUCACGCGCCUGGCGGUGCAGAUCGGGAAGGCAGGGCUGAUCAUGUCAGCCAUCACCGUCAUCAUCCUGGUGCUGUACUUCGUGAUCGACACGUUCGGGGUGCAGAAGCGGCCCUGGCUGGCCGAGUGCACCCCCAUCUACAUCCAGUACUUCGUCAAGUUCUUCAUCAUCGGGGUCACCGUGCUGGUGGUGGCCGUGCCCGAGGGGCUCCCGCUGGCCGUCACCAUCUCCCUGGCCUACUCCGUGAAGAAAAUGAUGAAGGACAACAACCUCGUGAGGCACUUGGACGCGUGCGAGACCAUGGGCAACGCCACGGCCAUCUGCUCGGACAAGACGGGCACGCUGACCAUGAACCGCAUGACCGUGGUGCAGGCCUACGUGGGGGACACCCACUACCGCCAGAUCCCCGACCCUGAAGCCAUCCUGCCCAAAAUCCUGGACCUCAUCGUCCACGGCGUCGCCAUCAACUCGGCCUACACGUCCAAGAUCCUGCCGCCCGAGAAGGAAGGGGGGCUGCCCCGGCAGGUGGGGAACAAGACGGAGUGUGCCCUGCUGGGCUUCGUGCUGGACCUGAAGCAGGAUUACCAGGCCGUGCGCAACGAGGUGCCCGAGGAGAAGCUCUACAAGGUCUACACCUUCAACUCCGUGCGCAAGUCCAUGAGCACGGUGCUGAAGAACAGCAACGGCGGCUUCCGCAUGUACAGCAAGGGCGCCUCCGAGAUCAUCCUCCGCAAGUGCACCAAGAUCCUGGACAAGAAUGGCGACCCCCGGGUGUUCAAGGUGAAGGACCGGGACGAGAUGGUGAAGAAGGUGAUAGAGCCCAUGGCCUGCCACGGGCUGAGGACCAUCUGCCUGGCGUUCCGGGACUUCCCUGGGGACGCUGAGCCCGACUGGGACAGCGAGAAUGAGAUCCUGUCUGACCUGACCUGCAUUGCUGUGGUGGGCAUCGAGGACCCUGUGCGGCCAGAGGUGCCAGAUGCCAUCCAGAAGUGCCAGCGUGCGGGGAUCACCGUCCGGAUGGUGACAGGGGACAACAUCAACACUGCCCGUGCCAUCGCCACCAAGUGUGGCAUCCUGCUGCCAGGGGAGGACUUCCUGUGCCUGGAGGGGAAGGAGUUCAACCGGCUCAUCCGCAAUGAGAAGGGAGAGGUGGAACAGGAACAGCUGGACAAGAUCUGGCCCAAGCUGCGGGUGCUCGCCCGCUCCUCCCCCACUGACAAGCACACUCUGGUGAAAGGAAUUAUCGACAGCACCGUUGGUGACCAGAGGCAGGUGGUGGCCGUGACCGGGGACGGGACCAACGAUGGCCCAGCCUUGAAGAAAGCAGAUGUUGGCUUUGCCAUGGGCAUCGCAGGCACGGACGUGGCCAAGGAGGCCUCGGACAUCAUCCUCACGGACGACAACUUCACCAGCAUCGUCAAGGCCGUCAUGUGGGGCCGCAACGUCUACGACAGCAUCUCCAAGUUCCUGCAGUUCCAGCUGACUGUGAACGUCGUGGCCGUCAUCGUGGCCUUCACGGGCGCCUGCAUCACCCAGGACUCCCCCCUGAAGGCUGUGCAGAUGCUGUGGGUGAACCUGAUCAUGGACACCUUCGCCUCCUUGGCCCUGGCCACAGAGCCCCCCUCUGAGUCCCUGCUGCUGCGCAAGCCCUACGGCCGCAACAAGCCGCUCAUCUCCCGCACCAUGAUGAAGAACAUCCUGGGCCACGCCGUGUACCAGCUCACCAUCAUCUUCACACUGCUCUUUGCAGGGGAGAAGUUCUUUGACAUCGACAGUGGCCGGAACGCGCCGCUGCACUCGCCGCCCACCGAGCACUACACCAUCGUCUUCAACACCUUCGUCAUGAUGCAGCUCUUCAACGAGAUCAACGCCCGCAAGAUCCACGGCGAGAGGAACGUCUUCGAGUCCAUCUACCGCAACCCCAUCUUCUGCACCGUGGUGCUGGGCACCUUUGCAGCCCAGAUUGUCAUCGUGGAGUUUGGUGGGAAGCCUUUCAGCUGCUCUGGGCUCACCCUGAGCCAGUGGUUCUGGUGUAUUUUUAUCGGAGUUGGGGAGCUCCUGUGGGGCCAGCUGAUCUGCACUGUCCCAACCAGCCACCUGAAGUUCCUGAAGGAAGCUGGGCACGGCAUCACCAAGGAGGAGAUCCCAGAGGAGGAGCUGCCUGAAGACGUGGACGAGAUCGACCACGCCGAGAUGGAGCUGCGGCGUGGGCAGAUCCUGUGGUUCAGGGGUCUCAACAGGAUACAGACACAGAUGGACGUAGUUUACACAUUCCAGACCGGCGCCUCCUCUUUGCAGGGAGCCCUCAGGAGACAGCCUUCCAUCGUGAGCCAGCACCACGAUGUAAAAAAUGUUUCUAGCCCAACCCAUGUAGCUCUUUCCUCCGUCAAUUCCACUCCCACCACUUCUGCUGUUGCUGCUGCUGCUGCAUCUCCUCCUGCGGGCAAUCAAGGUGGUGAAUGCGUUCCGUAGCUCCCUGUACGAAGGCCUCGAGAAACCCGAAUCCAGAAGCUCCAUCCAUAACUUCAUGACUCACCCAGAGUUCAUCCUGGAGGAAGACGAGCCUCGAACACCAUUCCUUGACGGCGCUGAAGACGACCCCGAGACUGACGGGCUCCCGACGCGCGGCGGGGGCAGCCCGGGCGGGCCUCCAGCCCUGAACAGAAAUAACAAUGCAGUGGACAGCGAUCGAGCUGAGCUCUCCGUCCCGGAGCCCGAGAGCCCCUUCCACAGCCUGGAGACAUCGGUUUGACCUUAGAACUUGGAACCCUCCCCUCCUCCUCCUCCUCCUCCGCCUCAGCCCCUCGCCCGGUGUGACGUCGGCACCAGUAACUGCUCACACCUCGUGUCAAACUGCUCAUACGUAUAUCAUUGGGGUGGGUUUUUUUCGGGGGGGAGGUUUAUUUGUUUUCCUUCUUUUCGUUUUGUUGGUUUUUUGGGUUUUUUUUUUUUUUUUUUUUUACCAUGAACCAGAGUACCACGAUGCUGGGUGUUGGGGAGAGAGGCUAAGCCAAAAAAAUUGUGCCAUCUCCAUCCCUCGUUUUCAGUGGUACUCGCCCGGGUGAAGCAGCCAGGUUCUUUCCUCUCCAAGAGUUGGGCUCCAGGCGUCUCUGUCUGUUGGGGGUUUUCACUUUGCAAAAUGCAUGAUCAAAGGAAAUUCGAGUUGGUGUAGUCUUACGUGCCCACCCUCAGCCCGAGGGCUGGGCUGCACUUGUGACUUUUAUUUUAUUUGGGUUUUUUUUCCACUUGUGGUUUUUUGGGGUUUUCUUCUAACGUUGGGGUUUGUUCUUUGCUCGUGGGAUUUGCCCCCAGGAACUCUGCAGUGGGAAGUGGGGGCAGUCAGCACUCCAGUGCAAAAACUAAGAAAUAAACAACAAAACCCAGCCAGGGGAAGGUGUUUACUCGCAGGUUGAGAGAUGUGCACCAGUCUUCCACCUUGAAAAAUGGUACCUGACCUUUCCAGCUCCUCCUCUGAGUGUCCACACACACUUUUCUCUCUCUGUUUCCAGAUUGGUAGAUGAGAAAUGAAGGUGACUUGUUUGUAACUUUGCUGGAUGGAAAAGAUUCUGAUUUUUCUACUAAGGUGGAGGUGAACUGGCAGUGAAAAGGUGGUGGG